GUGAAAAGUCGGGCGUUGAUGGGCAAUCGGCCACUUUCGACAGGCUGACCCGGUAUAUACCAGACACUAAAACGAGUCGUUCGAAAAGAGUCGUUCGUUCAGUGUCGCCCAUCACUGCCACCGGAACGGAGCGGAAGAUGGCGAAGGUUCGGGGUGUGCAGAUGUACCACCGGGGCUGAUGCAGGGGAGGAGGAAGUGGAACAUAGACAUUUUGAGUCCACGUAAAAUCACGUCUGAAAAACAGCGAUUAUAAUGUCCCGUUCCUCUGAUGGUGAGGAUGGAUACUUUGUUGCCAUGGAUACUGAGGAAGAUGUUGCAGAGUCUAUUGGGGUAACAGAAGAAGUGAUGGCUAAGAUGGGGUUCAGCAGGCAAGAGAAGGAUGUGGAAAGUGGUGCCAAAUGGGGGAGAACAAUGAUGGAGUUGCCAGAGGAAGUUGUAGAAUACAUUCUGUCAUUCCUUUCACCUUACCAGGAGCACAAGACUGCUGCACUUGUGUGUAAGCAGUGGUAUCGCCUCAUCAAAGGUGUUGCUUAUCAAUGCUACCAUGGUUUCCUGAGGGCUGUCCAGGAGGGAAAUAUUCAGUGGGAAAGUCGCACAUAUCCUUAUCCAGGAACACCGAUCACCCAACGCUUUUCACACAGUGCAUGUUAUUAUGACUCAAACCAGUCCAUGUAUGUGUUUGGGGGUUGCACUCAGAGUAGCUGCAACGCUGCCUUCAAUGAUCUUUGGAGACUUGACUUGAACAGCAAGGAGUGGAUUCGACCUUUAGCCUCAGGAUCUUAUCCCUCCCCUAAAGCUGGAGCCACUCUAGUUAUGUACAAAGACCUGCUGGUGCUGUUUGGGGGCUGGACCCGCCCGAGCCCUUAUCCACUGCAUCAGCCAGAGAGGUUCUUUGACGAAAUCCAUACAUACUCCCCCUCAAAGAACUGGUGGAACUGCAUAGUAACGACUCAUGGACCUCCACCAAUGGCUGGCCAUUCUUCCUCCGUUAUUCGCAACACCAUGGUGGUGUUUGGUGGAUCGCUGGGGGCACGCCAAAUGAGUAACGAGGUCUGGGUUCUGGAUCUUGAACAGUGGUCCUGGUCCAAACCUCCCAUAUCUGGUCCGUCCCCACACCCACGAGGGGGCCAGUCUCAAAUCGUGAUUGAUAAUGACACCUUGCUUAUCUUGGGAGGCUGUGGCGGACCCAAUGCACUCCUGAAGGAUGCCUGGCUACUUCACAUGGGUGUUCUACCUUGGACAUGGCAGCAGCUUCAAGUGGAGAACGAUGACCACGGGGCCCCUGAACUGUGGUGUCAUCCAGCUUGUAGGGUUGGCCAGUGUGUGGUGGUCUUCUCACAGGCUCCCUCUGGCCGUGCGCCACUGAGCCCAAGUCUAAACUCACGGCCCUCCCCCAUAAGUGCCACUCCUGCUCCACUGGGCCCUGAACCGCCUUCCUUGCGCUCCCAGUCUCCUGUACGGAGUGGGGCUGCUGGUGUGGUCUUGGGAGCCAUUGAGGAGGCACCCUGUGUAAACGGCCGAUGGGGUACCCUGAGACCCCGACCUUCAGCCAGAGGAAGUGCUAGAGAUGGGAGCCCAUCUUCCUCCCAACAGCCUUCCCCUUCACAGGGGCCAGAUAGCCCACCUGUCCCUCCACUGCCUCCAUUACUAAACGGAUCCUCCCCGUCACCCCGAACCAGCCCAGCCCAAGCUGCAUCUCCGCCCUCUCGUCCCCACCAGCCUUCCUCCUCAGACAAUGGCUGGGAGUCUCCUCCAUCCUCUACACACCACCAUGAGGUGUCCGCCACUAACGGCCUGCACACGCCUCCCACCAGUUGCCCAUGCACUCCACCAGGAGCGGUAUCCCCUGCUGCAUUGCGGAGGGGGUUGGAGGCAGUGAAAAAUCUAUCUUCUUCAUCCCUGUCGUCUUCAUCGUCCUCAUCUUCCUUUCAGACACAGGGACCUACUCCGGGGACAGGAAGUAGCGGAGCUGGGCCAGCACCCGCUGGAACGCCACCUUCAUCCUCCUCAAGUCCACCACAUGUUCCCGGGGUUGACGGACACGCUAUUCCACCCAUUGCACGGCGUCUUGGCCACCACCCACCUCAGAGCCUGAACGUUGGGAAGCCACUUUACCAGUCACUCAACUGCAAGCCCAUGCAGAUGUAUGUUCUGGAUGUGUCUCGGGCAAAAAGUGCUGGCAUGGUGUCCUGGAGAGUGCACGGAAACGGAACCCCUGCUGCUGUCACUGGGCCGCCUGAGACCAGCCUUCACACGGUAGUGCAAGGAAGAGGAGAACUCAUUAUUUUCGGGGGGCUAAUGGACAAGAAACAGAAUGUGAAGUACUACCCUAAAACCAACGCCUUGUACUUUGUCCGAGCUAAAAGGUAAUGCAGUGGGAACCAGGAAUAGAACGACGGACACUGGACCCUGUGAUCACACACGGGAACUGACACACAAGGCCUUUUUCCUGUAGAAAGGAUUAUGGGAAAAGAACAUAAUCAUUAUUAGAUGUUUCACUUUCGAUUUACACCGCUGACCCUUGCCUACUGCAAGCAUUCAAGUGACAUACAGUUUAGCUACACUUUGAUAACAGCAUUUGGUUGACUGAGUGUGUUGACGGUGUGUAUAUGUGUGUGCACGAACGCGGGUCUGUGUGUGUGUGUGUGUGUGUGUGUGUAUCCGUUUGAGUGUUGGUGUGCAGUGGUUUGAGACGAAAGUGCUUUUCCAUUGUUUCCAGAUGGUGUUCCACCAUAUACGAGGAUGUUUCCGUUUUCCUGUAUCUCCCCGCUUAAAGGGUAUCGAGAGAAGUGCUGGAGGACUGGACGAAGGACACUCCAGAGGGGCACUCGACGACUACCUUUGCUUUUUUUAUCACUCUCUAAGCCUGCAUUGUUUACAUUGAAGACGUUUGAGUGUGCGUGCGUGUGUGUGUUACGUGGGCAUGGUGGUUGUUUAAAGUUGUUUGACUAAUGUCUUGGGGCGGGGCAUGGCAGGUGAGGGAUGUUGUAUUGUACUAUAAACAUCGUUCAACAAUAAAGGCCUCCAUGUCUUACCUGUCAUACAAUUUGGGGUCCAUUUCAGAUGUCGUUUUUGUUGUUGCGUAACGCUUCUCACAGUAUUUGCAGUUCGGUAUGGCGUGUAUUCAGAACUCGGCCUGUUUGAGGUGGUGGUCAGCUGGAGUAAUACGGACGAGGCUUUGAUGGUCUAAUUCUGAAGGACAUCGUCCUCUGGUGGCUCCUUGUGCGGUACAGCAUAUGAGGAAUAUUGAGUAGAUGAACAACCACAUCAAGAGAUGGCCCAACAUUUUCAAUUCCAACCACAGCAUGCGUUUGUAUUAGAAUGGUGCCUAGCAAUGAUCUUUUUUUCAUCCAUCCAUCCAUUCAAACCACUUAUCCUGCCCUCAGGGUAGCUGGGAUGGUGGAGCCUAUCGGCCUCUCCAGGUUGUCUACUCGCCUGCUGAGACACACCGGGAUUAAAAUAUAAACACCACACUAACAC